CGGUCGGGAAGAUGCUAGAAAUGCUUCGAAGCAUUACAUUAUUCAAUCAGUAUAAAGAAAUCUUUGCUUUUUUUGUCCUGAUUGGUCAAUCAAUGCUUCGAAGCAUUUGUAGCAUCUUCCCGACCCCGAUAAAGAAUUGUGCUUUAAAACCAAAAUAAUGAGGUUGCAGAGAAAUAUUGAAAGUGCAUUCUAAGAGCAGAUUUACAAUGAAGAAAUUCUGAUUUCUCUCUAUGUAGAGAUAAUUUCUACAUUGUGAAUUAUUGUGAACAAUGAGUGAAAGCGAUGACGAGCAACCACAAUUGAGCUCGAGCACACUUGCUGCACUACAAGAAUUUCUCAAGGAAAAAUAUGAGCAACAGAUUUUGAUGGAACAUGUAUCUAAGGAAGAUCAAAUAUCAAGUAUUCUGUUUGAUGAAAAUUGGCAAUUGAGUCAAUUUUGGUAUGAUGACAAAACAAUAGAGGCUUUUGUUAGAGGUGCAUUAAAUUCCACACCAGCAGAUGGAAAAAUUGCUUUAAUUUCUUGUCCAACACUUUAUAGUAAAUUGAAGAGAGAAUGCAGUAAAAGACAAAUUACGCUAUUUGAAUAUGAUAGUCGUUUCAAGACAUUUGGUGCGGAUUUUAUACAAUAUGAUUACAAGUCUCCUCUAAAUGUGCCCAAACAUAUGUCUAGUCAAUUUGAUUUGGUCAUAGCAGAUCCGCCAUUUCUUUCGGUCGAAUGUCUAACUAAAACAGCAAUAACAAUAAAAUUUUUGACGAAGAAGAACAUUGUGCUUUGUACAGGAGCUGUCAUGACAGAGUUGGCAGAAAAACUGUUGGAUGUCAAAAAAUGUGACUUUAUUCCAGGCCAUAGAAACAAUUUGGCGAAUGAAUUUUGCUGUUUCUCGAAUUUCGAUUUUGAUAAAACUGUGGAAUAAGUGUAAACAGUAAGAACAUCGCCAAAAAAAAUAUACUUUUAUAAUAUAAAUAAACAAUAAUUUAUAUCAAUAUAAAUGGAUUUAAGUACCUA